AAAAAAAAGAAAUGAAAAAGUAGCACAAUCCAUAUUAUAUUCCUUAUGAAUAUAAUAAAUUUAAAAUCUUAAAAUUAAAAAUCAAAUUUUUGAUCUUUGAACUACGAUCUUCUAACUCUAAAAAAUUAAUAAUGUUACUAUUAUUGUCUCCCCACUUUCUCUAUCUAUGUCUAGUAAUUGAAUCUUAUGUUUACUUGUCUUCUUUCAAAGGUUGUAGUAAUUUCAAAUUCCUCAAGUAAUUUCUCUAGUAUUUCUAGUACUACUAGUCUACUACUACUACCACUUGUACCUCACUCUAUUUUGCCUACUUCAACUUACUAAUUCUCCUUCUCUCUUCUUCCAUUUUAAAUUCUGUUGACCGUUUACCAAAUUAAAAUUCUGGGUUUUUUCCAAUUCUCUGAGAUUUCAUCUGGGUUUCUUUCAAAAAUAUCAAAUUCAAGCUCAAACCUUUACAUUUAUGGUUGUUUUUUAGAGAGAGAAAGUUGAUUGAAGUUUGAAGAUCAAGCUAUUGUGGGUUGCUUUUGUAAUGAGAAAAAGAUACAAGUUUCUAUAACUUUUGAGCCUUAAAGUAUUUGGUGAUCAAGUGAAAAUUAGAGUUGUAUCAAUAAAGAAGCUAUGGUGGAAGAAAAUGAGCAUCAAGAGAGUUUUGUGGAUGAUCGGACGGCGGAAGAGUGGUUAUUACAUGCCCAAGAGAGAGUUCCUGUGGCACUCAAUAAAGCAAGACAAGUUAAGGGGUUUCCGGGGAGAUGGAAGAUGAUCAUAUCGAAAUUGGAGCAAAUCCCUACGCGUUUAUCAGAUUUAUCAAGUCACCCUUGUUUCUCGAAGAACACGCUUUGUAAGGAGCAAUUACAGGCUGUUUCUAAGACCUUGAAUGAGGCAAUUGAGUUAGCUGAUUUGUGUAUUCAGGAAAAAUACGAAGGGAAGCUUCGUGUGCAGAGUGAUCUCGAUUCAUUGUCGGGGAAAUUAGACUUGAAUCUUCGAGAUUGCGGUCUGUUGAUCAAGAGUGGGGUCCUUGGUGAGACUUCAAUGCCUUCUGUUUCAUCGAGCUCGUCCUCAUCAAUGGAAUCCGAGCAGACUGCUCAUAGCAACAUUAGGGAGUUGCUCGCUCGCCUCCAAAUCGGGCAUUUGGAGGCUAAACACAAGGCCCUCGACACUCUCGUGGGGAUCAUGAAGGAGGAUGAAAAGAAUGUGUUAUCUGUUCUAGGAAGAAGCAAUACUGCUGCAUUAGUGCAGCUUCUUACAGCAACUUCUCCUAGAAUUAGAGAGAAAACUGUGACCGUUAUAUGUUCAUUAGCUGAAUCAGGUUCUUGUGAAAAUUGGUUGGUAUCAGAAGGUGUUCUUCCACCUCUUAUAAGGCUUGUAGAGUCGGGAAGUUUAGUGGGUAAAGAAAAGGCUACGAUUUCUCUUCAAAGGCUAUCUAUGUCAUCUGAGAUAGCUCGAUCGAUUGUGGGCCAUGGCGGGGUUAGGCCCUUGAUUGACAUGUGUAAGGUAGGUGAUUCUGUUUCGCAAGCGGCUGCAGCGUGCACGCUAAAGAACAUAUCAGCUGUUCCUGAGGUAAGACAAGCUCUUGCUGAGGAAGGGAUUGUUAAAGUGAUGAUCAAUCUUCUCGAUUGUGGGCUUUUGCUAGGAUCUAAAGAAUAUGCAGCUGAAUGCUUGCAGAAUCUUACUGCAAGCAAUGAAGCCCUCAAAAGAUCGGUUGUUUCCGAAGGUGGGAUUAGAAGUUUAUUGGCUUACCUAGACGGGCCUUUACCUCAAGAAUCCGCGAUGGGUGCAUUGAAGAAUUUGGUAGGAUCCGUUUCGAUGGAAUUGCUGGAAUCGCUUGGGUUUCUUCAGAGAUUAGUCCAUGUUCUGAAAUCUGGGUCUGUAGGCGCCCAGCAAGCGGCUGCAUCAGCAAUUUGUAAGAUUUGUAACACUGCCGAGGUGAAAAAGAUGGUGGCCGAGGCUGGGUGUAUUCCAUUGCUUGUUAAGAUGCUCGAGGCUAAGGCAAAUGGUGCAAGGGAGGUUGCAGCACAGGCACUAUCAAGUUUAAUAACACUUCCCCAUAAUUGUAGGGAGGUGAAGAAGGAUGACAAGAGCGUGCCAAAUUUAGUUCAAUUACUCGACUCGAACCCCCAAAAUACGGCCAAGAAAUACGCGGUGACAUGUCUUCUUUCUCUCUCGUCUAGCAAAAAAUGCAAGAAGCUCAUGGUCUCGUAUGGAGCUAUUGGGUAUCUAAAGAAGUUGACGGAGAUGGAUGUUCCUGGUGCCAAGAAAUUGCUCGAGCGUUUGGAGCGAGGGAGACUCAAGAGCUUGUUCAACAGGAAAUGAGGCAAGAUCUACCCAAGUUUGCUUCCUUUCCCUUUUGUUUUCUAGUAUAUGACAUUGUCCAUGUUUCAUAGCCUAUAUGAAACAAACUAUGUUCAAAUGUAAACUAGUUAAGUGUGUUAUAUGUGCUAAUUAUGUGUAACCAUGUACUUAUAAUUGCAUCCUUACUUUGUGUGCAAUUUUAGAAAUAAUUUAUAGUUUAGUGAUCCAACCUCAA